UGCCUCCGGAACACAGGGCCGAGUCACGGGUCCGGUGAGACUCGUUAACAGGUAGUGGCGUACAAGUGACGGGAGCCGCACUUCAGUCCUGUGAUGGUCACCGUGCACCAUUCAGACGCGCAGUAGGCGCUUGCUGAGUUCACUGAGGCUAAAGCAGUGAGUUGGAAAUCUGCUGUCGCAGGGAGCUAAGAGAGCCAGCCAAGGACAACGCAAAGUGCACGGUGAGAGAGGUAGCUGUUUUCCACAAGGUGGGCCAGGCAUUCUGCUUCCAUCUGUGUUGAUGCUGCCGCUGUACUUCAUCCACAUCUCAGGCUGCCUCAGAGGCCAAAGAAGUGGGUGGCAACCAGCUCCCUUUCAUCUGGAAGUCACAUGGGUCCCUUCUCACAUCUCAAGGCCGAAUGCCACUAGCUGGGACGAUGCCGGAGUGUGAAGGAGUUUGAGAAGCUGAACCGCAUAGGGGAGGGCACCUAUGGCAUCGUGUAUCGGGCCCGGGACACCCAGACAGACGAGAUUGUCGCGCUGAAGAAGGUGCGGAUGGACAAGGAGAAGGACGGCAUCCCCAUCAGCAGCCUGCGGGAGAUCACGCUGCUUCUUCGUCUUCACCAUCCGAACAUCGUGGAGCUGAAGGAGGUGGUUGUGGGGAACCACCUGGAGAGCAUCUUCCUGGUGAUGGGUUACUGCGAGCAAGACCUGGCCAGCCUCCUAGAGAACAUGCCGACGCCCUUCUCGGAGGCCCAGGUCAAGUGCAUCGUGCUGCAGGUGCUGCGGGGCCUUCAGUACCUGCACAGGAACUUCAUCAUCCACAGGGACCUGAAGGUUUCCAACUUGCUCAUGACUGAUAAGGGCUGCGUGAAGACAGCGGAUUUCGGCCUGGCCCGGGCCUAUGGCAUCCCAGUAAAACCAAUGACCCCCAAGGUGGUGACCCUCUGGUACCGAGCCCCUGAACUGCUGCUGGGAACCACCACCCAGACCACCAGCAUCGACAUGUGGGCUGUGGGCUGCAUCCUGGCCGAGCUGCUGGCCCACAAGCCCCUUCUCCCUGGCACUUCCGAGAUCCACCAGAUUGACCUGAUUGUGCAGCUGCUGGGGACGCCCAGUGAGAACAUCUGGCCGGGCUUUUCCAAGCUGCCGCUGGUUGGCCAGUACAGCCUGAGGAAGCAGCCGUACAACAACCUCAAGCACAAGUUCCCAUGGCUGUCGGAGGCCGGGCUGCGCCUGGUGAAUUUCCUCUUCAUGUACGACCCUAAGAAAAGGGCCACAGCCGGGGACUGCCUGGAGAGCUCGUACUUCAAGGAGAAGCCCCUCCCCUGCGAGCCGGAGCUCAUGCCCACCUUCCCCCACCACCGCAACAAGCGGGCCGCCCCGGCCGCGUCUGAGGGCCAGACCAAGCGCUGCAAGCCCUGAUGCUGAGCCUGGCACACACCUGCACCCCCUCAGCCGGAUCGUUUGGUCAGCAGUGGACAGACAGGGUCUCUCGGGCCGGGCUGACCAGUCACCUGGGAUCCAGCUUGUCCCCUUGGCUAGGACAUCCUCCUCCAGCCAACCCUACCACACUGUCUUCUGCACCCACUGCCACCCCCAGAAACAUUCAGGGGUGGGGGCUCCAAGCCUGCACACCCCAGAAGGGCUGGGCUGGGUCAGUGCCAGCUAUGGCUGCACGGGGCCUUGCCCUUCAUUCCUGCCUUGGGUAGAAUUUGAGACCCUCACUUCUCAGCAGGAACUGUGAGUGCAGGUCCAACUCCAUGGACAUCCUGGAAACGCUGGUGGGUGCUGACCUGGCACUCGUGUCGCCUCCUGGUCACCAGCAGCUGCCCAGGGCCGGGUGGGGGUGGGGGCCACAAUGGCACACCCCUGAGCACACCAGGAGAGCCAGGUUGCAGGCUGAGCUGGGUCUGGCCCCAGGAAGAGGGGUGUGGUUGGGUGUAACGCCAAGGGAGGAAAACAGUGGGUUCCCACCAGAUAAAAGCUUU